AUGUUAACAGGCGCAGCGGUCGAUCGAUUCACAGAAUUUCUGUCCCAGCUCACAAACCAAGACUUCCCAGAUCGGAGUCGUCAGUUGACGGGGCUGAAGAAAUACUGUGACGAGCAAUCCUCACCUUCACAUGAUCAACUGGACUUUCCCGAUCUUUUGUCUGCAUGGUCCAAUGCCAGCCAGUCCAACGCUGAAGCCGUCCUCGCCGCCAUUCCUCAUUGUCUCGCCCAAUUUUUCGAGACGAUCUCUAGCCAUGUCGAGUUCCGCGAGUUCGGAAUCUCCUUGUGUCACAGCCUGCUCAAACGAGACCAACUGCGAAUACUCGACCGAACCUUGUCGUCACCGAGGUCCAAAGAACAUCUCAUCACACCGUGUCUACAGCUCUUGACAGAGAUCAUCAGUUUUGACGGUGGAGCUCUUGCAAGCAAUGUCUUCAGUCGACGCGAUUUCCUCUACCGGCGGCUCGAUGGUAUCUUAAGCCAAACGCCGGCAACAGUGGCACAGGCCGCCUCGGUGAGUGCAUCCCAGGCAGCCCUGGAAUUCGUUCUGGCGAAUCUGAAGUACCUUGACUCGGCCUCCAAGUCCGAGUUCAUUACGCAUGGCAAAACCAUCUUCUUUGCAAUCCGCAAUUUAUCCAGCUUGCCUGUGUCUGUUGUCACCAACGCCCUGAAGAGCUUGGAGAGGUCAGUCAUUGGCGAUGACACGCUCAGCAGGCAAAUGAAGGUUCGAGCUUUCAACUCCGGUGUUCUGUCAGCGCUCGGCAAGCUGUACGAUUACAAGGCCGACGAAACCAGCGGAGCUUCAGGAGAAGUUCGGGAUGCUCUCCAGCGACUGCUGUUACAAGUUUGUACGACUUCAAAGGGGGUGUUGUCUGCCCAAUCAGGGUGGUACUCUACCGGAACAAAUCCCGAUGUUCUUGGUGAAGACGAGAACAUGAUCGAUCUGGGUCUUGAUUCUCCUUUCUACUUUGACGACUAUUCUGAGAAAGUGCCGGUCAAGAACGGGGCCAUCUCCGCCUUUAUUCAGACUCUGAGACCCGAAAGCGAUGUCCAGCAAGCCGAUCUCAUCGUGGCGAUAUUCAAUGCUGCCCCUGAACUUGUGGCCGACUACUUCACUAAAAAACAAAAGUUCCUUGCUCCAGCAGGAGAUGAUCCAAGAUGGCGUGGGCAGUUCGCUUUCUUGUUCUCCGUGGUACAGCUCCCGGUGCCCCCAAACUGUGGCUGGGACGAAAAGCUGCCAUUGACUCCACCCCCGUUGUCGAUCGUUAUUGAAAGUAUCCUCCCACGCCCGCUCGAACGAGCUGCGAUCGGAAAGUGUCUUCGGAUGAACGAGGAUAUCAUGACUAUUUCCGCGACGCGAUUGUUGACAGUGGGUUUCGAGAAGCUCGAUUCGGUUUUGAAGGUCUUUGACAAGGCACCAGCCGAGUCCCAUCUAUGGCAGCAAGCAUCCCGUAAACUGAUCAGUCUUUUCAUCGAGCGAAUCCCGCCCCUCUCGGAUGUCAUCACCACCCUUCAGACGCUGCAAGACGAGAACGAGCAAGUUCGCACAUCAGUUCUUGAGUGCAUCGCCGCAUAUCACACCCUCCUGCCCUCGAUAACUGCGGGUUCGAAAUUCGAUUUUGGUGUGCCCUUGAGCAAAAGGCUCCAACUUUUAGAAUCCGACGCUGUGGAGACGGAAAUAAGGGACUUGAUACUGGCUCAAAUGGCGCACCUCGUGCAGAUUGCAUACAUUUCACCCGCAACAAAGUGGUUUCACAAAGCGGCAUCAGAAGAGGUGUCAUUGAUUGUACAGCUGCUCAGACGUUGUGCCCAAGACUCCGACAAGCCUGUCACGAAAGAAACCCUCCCCAUCCUCAAAAGAGUGUUGUCUGACAAGGGGGUACUGAACACCGAUGUCCGAUCUAUGGAUGCACUGAUGUUGAGCCUCGCCGCCACCAAAAAAUGGCAGCCGGAACUAGCCACUUAUCAAUUCCUGGACAACUGUAUAUCGCGCACUGUUCAGAGGCCCGUCAAGUAUCUCGAUCAACUCGAACAAGCCCAGCAACUUUUGUCCGAUGCACAACCUUUGAGUCUGCUCGCGUGCUGCGUGGCAGAGCAAUGGACACAUUUGGUCAAGAAAGAGGACAAGAAAGGCGUCAAGAAUGUCGCGGAGUGGAUCGCCAGGUUCUUCUCUGCCCUUGACUCUGCAGGCGAGAAUUAUCGUGUCAUGAUGCACUUGAGGGAAGAGAUGUUGGGGCAAUGUGAUGGGAAUGAGAAGGCCAAAGAAACACUGGGAAAGGCGUUUGAGAAGCAACGAAAGAGACCUGUUGUCUUACCAGAGGAAGAUGUCGACGGGGGGCACGUCCAACAGCCUGAGGCUUCCACAGACAGUGCAAAUGGCGCAGAACAACGACAGCACACCAGCCUGGAUCUCGCCGAGUCCUUCCCGCCACCGCCCACCAUCCCAACAUCCCUCUCCGGCCUCGAUCGCUGGACGAAACCCGAUUUCGAAUCGGAGAUCCAAAGCGGCCGCCUCGCCAAUCUGAUCCGAUGUCUCAUCUUUCCCGAGCCCGAAGUCCGACUUCAAGCGUUCCACAUUCUCCAGCAGGUCAUACACGCCGUCCAACAGUCUACCUUCGAGGAGAAGACGCAGCUCUACCUCCUGCUGGGAGAACUCUGCGAGACGAUCAGAAAUCAUGGUGUUGUCUCCAACUCGACGUCGUCCACGUCCACCGCAACAGCCACAGCGCCAGCGCCCUCCAUAGUGGCGGAGUUGGCAAUCCACUUCCUCCCCAUCGUCGCCGACCCGGCAUCCCCGUUCUACCGCAAAACCAACACGUUCCUCCUCCGCGCCCCCCAAUGGUCCGCGUCUCACAUCCUGCCUUACUGGCUGAAGGAGACCUUCCUGACCGAACCCGAGAUCGACGAUCCAGACAUUCCCGCGAGCUUUCAGCAGAGCACUAGCGGCGGCGGAGGAGGAGGGACCGUCAACGCCCAAGCGCUCGAAAUCGAGCAUUUUCUCGACCUCCUCCUCAGCUGUCUCCGAACCUCGGCAGACAUGGACCUCUUCCGGCGCGCACAGGUGUUUGCCAGAAUAUUCUCCCACUACCUCUCCCCCGUGUGCAACAAAUCCAUCCGCCGAAAGAUUCUGAGGGUCGUUGAGCUGGCCACGCGGGUACCCGGCGGGAGUGAUACGCUCGUCACCCGGACGGGAGUCAGGGAGUGGUUGUCGAUCGCCAAGACGCUUAGGGGACAUAGCGGGCAUGGGAUCGCAGGGUUUGGGAAGGUCGACGACGAGAUGGUCGCGUUGGUGGAGGCGGUGGAGGAGCAAGUGGUGAAGACUUGUGAUGCUGAGGGCGUCCGGAGGUGGGAGGUCGAAAGGAGGAUGUUCAGGGAAGUUAUCGAGGAUGGUUCUACAGCGAAAGGCAAGGCAGUCGGCUCCGGCGCAGACACGAAGGAUCUUGUGGGCGAGGUCAUAGUUCGUGAUGUGGACGGCGAGGACGAAAGCGAGAGCGAAAGCGAGAGCGAACCUGAAAGUGAGAGUGAUACCUCCACCACCACCGACACUGACCCCGAGACUGAGUCCAAGACUGGAACCGACGAGUAG